GUAACCUACAUAAACACGCAGAGUAUUGUUAAAUAUUUAAUUAAAACUAAGAUCUAUGGACUAAGAAUUGUGUAUAGAAUGGAUAUAGCCUCUCGAAAUUAAUGUUUAAUAUUUUUAUUGUUUAAUAUAUUUAGCGUGUGUGCUAGCUCGCUAUAUUUAAAACUAGAGUUUAAUGCCAGGGGGGCAUGUGAUGUUUUGUCAUCUGCGCUCCUCAAGAAGCUUCAGCCGCCCAGGAGAGCUGCUGCAGUGUAGUGCAGAGAGCUGCUAGCUAAUGGUUUUAACAGGCUUGUUUUUUGUUUUUAGCAUUUUUUAGUUAUUGUAAAUCUUGUAUAUACAUUUUAGAGAUAUAAAAGGUAGGGCUGAGGUGGCUUGUAUUAAAAGGCAGUGUAAAUAUGACCCCAGGUAACCUAGUAACUAACUAACCUAGUUAUCUUAGCUAGCUUAGAGCUAAGUUGUAAAACUUGUUUAGUCCCAUAUUGGUAAAACCUUAGCUUAGCUAGCUAAGCUAACUAGUUAAUUAAGUUAGACAUGCCAAGGAGAGAAAACAGCUGGUUUGGAAAGCCAUAUGUUGGCUAUUUGGCUAAAUAACGAGCUGUUUUAAAGGCUUGAACCUGAUGUUAUACUUGUCUCUUCUCUCCAGACUCAACUCAAGUACUGAAUGUUAGCUUAGCUUAGCAUUAGCUUAGCAUUAGCUUUAGCUUCAGCCAGCUAACUCCCCCAAGCACGCAUCAGCUGACAUCCUCCAGGCGAGCAGGCACAGCCUCGGAGCCAUGGAUCAACUCAAAGUCAAAGACAGGAUCCUGGAAAACAUUUCCCUCUCUGUUAAAAAGUUACAGAGUUACUUUGCUGCUUGUGAAGAUGAGACGCCGGCCAUCAGGAAUCAUGACCGGGUUCUCCAGCGGCUAUGUGAACACCUAGACCAUGCUCUGCUAUAUGGACUGCAGGAUAUCUCUUCAGGUUACUGGGUCCUAGUUUUACACUUUACACGGCGGGAGGCUGUCCGGCAGAUAGACGAACUCCAGCACAUAGCAACAAACCUGGGCAGAAGUCGAGCAUGGCUGUACCUGGCACUUAGUGAAAGUUCUUUAGAAAGCUAUCUUCGACUUUUCCAGGAAAAUCAAGCACUUCUUCAAAAAUAUUAUUUCAAAAAUGCGUUGGUUUGCAGUCAUGAUCACCUCACGCUCUUCCUUACACUGGUUUCUGGGCUGGAGUUCAUCCGUUUUGACCUUGAGCUGGAUGUUCCAUACCUGGAUGUGGCACCUUACAUGCCAGAGUACUACAAACCCCAGAAUCUCUUGGACUUUGAGGAGAGGUUGCCCAGUUCUGAUAGCUUGUCUCUCCACUCAUUUACCUCCCUCACCUCCACUAACCUUGAAUGGGACGACAGUGCCAUUGCCCCAUCAAGUGAAGAUUAUGAUUUCGGUGACAUCUUCCCUGUGUUGCAGUCAAUGCCAAGUGCAGACUGGGAAGAAGGUGACCUGACUGACCCGGUCAGUGGGCCUCGCUCCUCAGCGUCUGACCCCCAGACGGUGGUCAGUGACUCUGUGGUGAUCAGGGCCGCACCUCCACCGGUCAGGAGCACAUCCCUGUCCCGCAGCCCCACGUUUCGACACAACCCGUUUAACGAAGACUCGGACACGAACACGUCAGCCGACGUUACUCCUGUUCACACAGCCACUCGCCAUGAUGGGACCACUGGGGAAGACACGGAGAGUGCCAGCACAGAGCUGGAGGUCAUCAGGAUGGCCAGAAGAAGGAAGCCAGGUAAGAAGCGACGAGGAAAGGGAUCAACAGACUCAGCAAGUAGUGGGCAGAACGUGGCUUCUCCUGAGCCAACAGAAACUGAUGAAUCCCUUCAGAUAGUGUGUAAAACAGCAAAUUCAGAGGAUGAUCCAAAUGGAGGCAGCUGGAGCCCCCUGGAUGGACCAGAGCCCAAUGGUGCGGUACGUGACCCAGCUCAAACAAGUGCAGUAGGUGGUGAGAACGAGGAAGCUGAGGCCUUGCUGCGACUUCCACAAAUGACAGACACUUCCAUGGACCGCGUGGGCCAGCCGCUCCGAGAUGUAGUGGACAGGUUGAAUGGAGAUCUGGAUGGAAACAGCUGGGAGAAUCGAGAACAGGAUGAAGAAGAGGGAAAGGAUGGUGUGACUGUAGUUAACCCUGCUGCAGAUCCUCUUCAGCAUCAGUCCUUUCGCGAAGAUGCAGGAGGUGAACCUCCAGACCCAGAUUGCAAGGUGCAGCCUUUGGCCCCGAGCCCUAAGUUCCUGGAGGCCGCGGCACCUCCUGCGGACUUCUACUGCUUUACCCCCCACAGUCCAGGGCCUGCUGCCCAGAGUGGUAGCCACCAUGACUUUACAGGGAAUGGCCAGUCGCAGGCUGUAUCUGGUGGCCAUGAAGAUGAGAGAGAAGGAGAAGCAGCAGCAGCAGCAAAGCAGACUGCCUCCUCCCUCCACCUAGAGGGGAAAGGCAGUAUAGAUGCUGGGGAGGUGAUUCAGCAGAAUGGAUCUGUUCAGAGUAAAGCUGAAGAUGAGGCAGAUAGAUCCAGUCCAACGGAGAAUUCCCAUCCAGCAGAGUUUAGGGUUGAUAACAAUCACCUGCUACUUCUCAUGAUCCAUGUAUUCAGGGAGAAUGAAGAGCAGCUCUUUAAGAUGGUGAGGAUGAGCACAGGCCACAUGGAGGGUGAUCUGCAGCCACUCUAUCUGCUGCUGACAGACUGUUAUAUGUAUCUGUUGCGGAAAGGGGCAGCGGAAAAGCCAUACACUGUAGAGGAAGCUGUGUCAUACAGUGAGCUGGAUUAUGUAUCUGUGGGUUUGGACCAGCAGACAGUGACUCUGGUGUGCACCAACAGAAGAAGACAGUUCCUGCUGGAUACUGCAGAUUGCUCGCUCACUAUCUGGUUUCUCAGUGUGCUGAAAUCAGCCAUGAUAAAUGGCUACAGGGAGCCGCCUUACCCUGCUGUUCUGACUGAUGCCACUAUGGAGAAGCUGGCCCUCACUAAGUUUGUGUGUCAGGAGUCCCACUGUGAGGUAUCCGAGGUCAGUAUUCGUCUGUAUUCCCUGGUUCACUGGGAGGACCCCAUGGAUGCGUCAGUGGUCUCUCCCACCUCUCCGUCAGGCUCAAGAAUUUCAAACAGCACUAAGGAAGGUGCCCUUCUGUAUCGAGCAGGAACUUCAUACUUGGGGAAGGAGGUGUGGAAGAGCUGUUACCUUGUGCUCAGUAAUGGUGUCCUCUACCAGUACGCUGAGAGAACUGAUGUUACUCCAUUGAUGUCUAUUACUAUGGGGGGUGAGCACUGUGGAGGCUGCAGGCGCUCAAAUAGCACAGAGAGGCAGCACGCGUUUCAGGUGAUUAUAACAGCGCGCCCCCCUCUGGAGCUGAGUGCUGAGAAUGAGCAGGACAUGGCAGAUUGGAUGCAGCUUAUCUGUCAAGCUGUGUCGAAGGGGGUGAUUCCACAGGGAGUAGCACCCACGCCUUGUAUCCCAUGCUGCCUUGUUCUCACCGACAAGAAACUCUUGACAUGUCAUCAGGAUUGCCAGACCAGUUUUUUCCGUUCGCUUGGCGGCGCUGAUGUCAGUGACGUCACAGCGGUUUGCCUUGAGGAGGAUAAGGAAUAUUGUGUCCUUGAGUUUGCAGCUGACCGGGCUCAUUUCCUCCCCCCUUGGGUCCUGUAUUUUAGUGGUUGUGGGGAGAGGGAUCGGCUCUUGGAGGAACUUGAUACUGUGUGGACAAAUGUUUUCCAGGUGUGUCUACCUCGUAAGCCUGUGUUGGACGUGUCUGUACAGAAGAAGUGCAGGGAGGCUCUAGAGCUGAUGACGAGUGCCUGGCAGAGGAGUGACAGCUUACACAGAGGCAGGUCCCAGAGAGAGCCCUGGUGCUGAGAGGCUGCUGAAAGCAACAGUAUAGGUCAAGAACAGGUGAAGAUAAAGGGCCUUCACCUAUUCUCCUACUAUCAAUGUAGGUACGAUCCGCAGGCUGUGUGUUUGGCUGGAGGAAACUUUGCUGAACUUGAUGACAAAUCCAAGAGGAGGAUUGAAAUCAAAUAGAAACGGUUGGUUGGGAGCAUGGGGAAAUCUUUUAUUACAUUGUGCUAAUUUUAAGGUGUAAUUUUGUUUUUACACCCGCCUUGCCUUGCACAGACAUUUAAAGACUUAUGACAUACUAAAACAAAUGAGAAAAUAACACUCACAGCGCUGUCAACACUGUGCACAGAAUUACUGGCUCGACAAAAAGACCUCCAAAAAAAUCCUUCAAAAAUGUAUAUUAUAUAUAUAAAUGUGUACAGUAUAAUAUAAAUACACCAUUAUUGAAUGCCUAGAUUGUUAAUAUUAUUACUACUAUUAUGUUCAUGUCUUUUUAUUGAUGAAUACCGCACUAAAAUCCCUAUUAUCUAUACAGAGGUACUUGUUGCUGAAGGACUUCGGAUGAAAGGUUUACUGUCUUGACUGUUACUCUCAACAUUUUGCAAAAUCCAUUAUGGCUUCAUGUCAGUUUUGUUUAAAGUUGUUUUCUGGCUGCUAUAAGAAGAUCGUGGUUAUUGUUGCUGAAUGUAUGAGAUGAGCUAGCUUGAGAAAUUCAGCCUGUAUUGGGAGGUAAAGUGAGCAAAGAGAGACGAAGCAGUUUAUAGACGUGAGAGGUUUGCAAGAUUGCACAGACUUUUUUAUUAUUUUUAUUUAAUUUCAUAAUGUCCUUUUAAGCUCUUAUUUUUAAGUUAAGCUAUACUACUUUGAUUUCACUAACAUGUCUAAUGUGAUGGCUACCGGAGAACGUCCAUUUUUGUAAUCCGAACCGUUGUGUUCCUACUGUUGUUUUUAUUUUUCUUGGUUUUAGACCAGCUGCUCAUGUUAUUAAUAUGGAUGCAUUCUGAAAACGACGCAUAUUGGUCCAUUUUAAAGUCCUCGUCCUUAAAAAGUGUUGAGUUUAAAGCCCCUUUAACUGAUUUUAUACUACAUUUUACUCAUUCACACAUCUCUAGUGUUUUGCCAUUGGCAAUUUUUUAUUUUUUUUUUAUUCUGGUCCUGGAGGUAUUCCUUCCCCUGAAUGUUUAUUGGCUAUGUUCCAAAGCCUAGACUAAAAUCAAGGUAUAACGGGUAUUUCCUCAAUUGAACAGCCUGAAGCUGCACUGAAUGCGGAACCUUUACCACUGGGCUUUUAAAUUCAUUGUUUUCAAUGGGAAGCUUCUCACAGAAACGAAUUAUUUGUGGAUUUUCUUUGUUUUAUAUAUAGUUCAAUUGAUUACAUGCUGAUUAUCUGCUGUCACCAAAUAGCCAGUGCACAAAUGCAGACCAAAGUUCACCCUUUAAUAGAUACGUGGAGGAGUGUGUUAAAGCAGGGCAGUAUGCCUCCAGGACCACAUUUAUUAAACCCAUUAUUUGUAAUUUUUUUUAACCUCUUUGAGCCAUUGUUAUAUAAACAUGUCUCUUCUUUGUUAUGAAAAGGAAGUCAUCAUAUUUACAUAUUUUUUAUUUUGUGUGCAUUUUUGCCAUUGCCUUCCCCCAAAACAAGUAGCCUUCGGACAAAUCCAUGAGAAUUAAACUCAGCAUUUUAGCAUUAAUCCCCAAAUCAAUGAAUCUGCAUUUAUUUUUAGUUUUACUGUUUAAUUUAUGUGAGGUGAAUGGCCUGUGUUGGGCCACAAUGUACCUGCUCGAUUUUGCACUUGAAGACAUGAUGGUAAACUCUGCACGCCUAAUAAUAAAGAUGAUUUUAGUGGUUAUUUGGUGAUGCCAUAGAAGAACAACUUAUGGUCCUUUAAACAUCUGUGUGAUCUUUUGAAAGGUUCCUCACACUCACACUUCUCUAUAAUAAUCAUGGAGUUGUGUAUGGAGCCAAAAUUCACUGACAUGUAUCUUGACUUUUGCUGUACCUCCUGAAAGCUAAUGAGCAUUGCACUGACCUGCAGGAUAUGCAUGUGGGUCCUUCUGCGUUAAAGUUAGUGGAUAGGGAGGUUUUGCAUUGGACAUUUUAGCCACUGUUUGUGGUAAUGCUUUCUUUGACAUAUUCCUGACAUGUUCCAUAUUCCACUGAGGUUACAUCUUAUGAUUAAUUUAUAUACUCUUGUCCCAUGAUAUUUGUCCGUUUUGCUAUGUAGCUCUUCUAUGGCAUCAUGUAAAAAAUCAUCUGAAGCAUAUUUAUUUUUAAGCAUGUACACAAACACCCUUUCUGUCUCAGCAUCGUCACAUCAUAUGAAUGGUGUAUCUAUUUGUUUCCAUUAGUCUUCAGUCUGUCUACUCAUGCAACAGUGUUUUGCAAACAAUUUUUAACAUCGAUUGUGUUGUCAAUUAUUUUUCUUCUUUAAAAGCGUCAUCAUUCCGCAAUUCUGGCUAACUAAUUUGGGAGGGAUACUCACUGUAGUCAAAUGUGAGUGAGAUAAAUAAGUGUUUACUAGGGUACUAGGAUGUUUGCCUUCUUUGGAUGUUAUGACUAGAUGUGAUGGAAACUGUGGAAUCUCAGGUUUGUUUAAGUUUAUCUCUGAGUGAACCUUGAAGGACCUGUGUAUUUGGACAUUGCUGGGCAAUGAUGGGUUGAUUUAAAAUUGGCACAUAUGGAAAUCGUACAGAAGCAUUUUUACAUGUAUUUUAAUGUAUGUGUGUACAUACUGUUUGUUUUGUAUUUUAGUUGCUUUUUAAUGUUUUUUCAGUGUCUGUCAGUGUAAAUAAUUCAAAAAUAAUUCAGUCUAACACUUCUUUUCUCUGAAUUACUGCAUGUGCUGACUUUUCUUUUAAUGUUUAAUAAAAAGGUUUUGUUUGUAAAUAGGUAAUAAACAAAUCUCCAAUAUA